UGCUGAGUGCUGAGCAUUAGGAAUCUGAUAUCCAACCCCAUUUGCACGCCGAGGCGCGUUCUCCGCUUCUACCUAAUUCCAUUGACGUCUCGAAGACUUCACUGUCCAACCCCUCCCGAUAUGAUCGUGGGAACUGUCAUCUAACUUAUCAGCUCGCUCGCCCUCCAGCUGUUGUUAAAUUCUUCAUCACCGUUUCUAGCGCUCUCAUGGAAAAAAGGCUGCGAAGCUUCCCUCCAGCAAAUGAUAGCUCCCCCGGACUUUUCUAUGUUCUUGCGCUGGAUACUCCAAUUACUUUCCUUGGUAGUCAUCAGUACGAAGCUACUAAGGUUCAUCCAUAAAAACCUACAUUUGUUGAAGUGUCCAUGCCGCCUGCGAAGAAGAAAGAUUCGUCGAAGCAGACCAAGUCGGGGCGGACUUCUGAAGAGAAUCAAGAACGAGCUUACAUUGCCGCGUCUCGAAGGAGCGAUCGGUCCUUCGAGGCGAGAUGGGAGUCCGCCCAGCGUGCUUCCGAAAUCCACAAGAAGAGGACCGGACGUGGUUUCAAGCUGUCUCAUGAGAUUGUGAUGAACGAAGAAAUAUAUGAAGAGGAGGAUGAUUUCGAAGCUAGGUUUCUGAGUCGAGUCGGCGUGCCUGCGCCGAAAGAUUUCAGUCUGACUGAGCGGCUCGCUGCUUACCAUGCCGCCGGUGUUCCUGCGGAACGGCUCAGCGGCUUUGACCAACCCCUUGAACUUCUAGGCUUUGCUCCGCAGCAAACGCGGCACACGUUGCCACAAGGAAACAUGGCAACUCCGAACCAGCGAACUGGUGAAGCUCGAAAUCAUCCAUAUCCGGUGACAAUGGGGCAGAGACGUACGCUUCGAAACCGAAGGGCAUCGGUCGUCCCAUCUACCGGUCAUUCCAUGGCAGACGAGGAUGCCCUAAGUCCAAAUCUGCGAGAUUCUUUGGAGCGGAGAAGCUCGGUGGUUGGCUCGCAGGAUCGAAAUCAACGAUAUGCGACCCAGUCGCCCAAUAUGUGGCAAUCGCCUAUUGGAUCGGGUCACCGUGAUCAGAUGAGACGACUGGCGGAACAAACGUUCCCUCAGCGAACCGACCCAACUUUUCAGUUUAAUUCCGAAAUGAAGACUCUUCCACCCAAGAGCGGGCCGCUCACGCCAACAGCCCGAGACCCUGAUUUCCCACUCGGAUAUGGUCCUUGGAGUUCCUACACAUCGUUUUAUACCGACAACCCAAUGGGUUCCGUGGAUGCGGACACACCUAGCUGUCUAAGAUCGGAUGGGAAUCCAAUGUCUCCCCCGGUGUUUAGUGCGAAUGAACUCGCAAGCCCUCAUCUGCACGCCCAGGAACCAUUCUUUGGUAAUAGGGGUAAUGUGGCAGGCGGAGGUUCCAACGACGACCCCGUCUUCCUCGACCCAUGCUUUGGUAUGGAUGGAAUCGACCAAUUCAAUGAGACCUUGUCAUUAGGAUAUCCAGUGAUGGAAUCUCCUGCUUGCCAAAAUGACGACUACUCUGGUAAUUUAUAUGGAAUACCAAAAGAGCAAGGUUUCACCCCGCUUCAAGCGUCCUGGUUCCCGAUUGAUCCGUCCAAAUCCUUUGAUUCUUUCCAAGACGAAACGCGAGAGACCGAUCUCGGCCUUGAUUCUGAGUGGCUUAACCUCAUCAACUCGUCGAACGAGAUCGAUGCGGCCCCAGGCGCAUAGGCGGGUUGGCGUCUCCUCUGAGAUUUCGAUGCUAAUCCAUUCCAUUCGACUCACAUUUACACUUCCGGUUACGACCGUCCAUAUUUUUGCCUGGGA